AGACGUCUCCACGUCUCCAGUCAGCCCCUCCUGAAAUAUGUGGGUACGCUCCAGAUGAGCUGUUGGAUGUAGUCGCUGUUGAGGGUUCAAGGAGGUGUUCUUUACAGAAGUGGCUAUUUCGGUGUUUUGGAGUCAUAAUUUCAGAGAGCUGGAGAUCACCUUGAUUAUUUUCUAAAAUGUCAGCACUUCCAGGAGCAGGAAGUAAAGCCGGGAGCACGGAGUCUUGGGGUAGCUUUGACGAGCACCUGAUCCAGGGUGGUGGCUCCGCAGUGAUCGACAUGGAAAAUAUGGAUGACACCUCGGGGUCUAGUUUUGAAGACAUGGGUGAGAUGCAUCAGCGCAUGAAGGAGGAAGAAGAAGUGACAGAAGAAGCAGCUGCAGCAGAGGAGGGAGAGGAUGGAGAGUUUUUAGGCAUGAAGGGUAUAAAGGGUCAGCUUGGUCGACAAGUUGCUGAUGAGGUGUGGCAGGCCGGUAAAAGGCAAGCAUCAAAGGCCUUCAACUUGUAUGCCAACAUUGACAUCCUCAGACCUUACUUUGAUGUUGAGCCAGUGCAAGUCAGAAACAGAUUACUAGAGUCUUUGAUUCCUGUUCGAAUGAUCAACUUCCCACAGAAAGUAGCAGGUGAACUGUAUGGACCAAUGAUGCUGGUUUUUACUUUGGUAGCAAUCCUCCUACAUGGAAUGAAGACCUCCGGAACUGUAAUUAGAGAAGGCACGUUAAUGGGGACGGCCAUUGGUACCUGCUUUGGAUACUGGCUUGGAGUUUCCUCUUUUAUUUAUUUCUUAGCGUAUUUGUGUAAUGCUCAGAUUACUAUGCUGCAGAUGUUGUCAUUACUGGGUUAUGGUCUUUUUGGACACUGUGUUGUUCUCCUUGUGACCUACAAUGUCCAUUUCCAUUCACUGUUCUACAUUCUUUGGUUGAUCAUUGGUGGUCUUUCAACAAUCCGUAUGGUUGCUGUUCUUUUGUCCCGCACUGUGGGCCAAACUCCACGACUCAUCCUCUGUGGCACUUUGGCAGCCCUGCACAUGCUCUUCCUACUUUACUUGCAUUUCACCUACCACAAAAUUGUUGAAGGUAUUCUGGACACCCUCGAAGGACCCAACAUUCCACCUAUUCAGCGAGUUGCACGAGACGUCCCUGUGGUGUCAGCUAAUCUUGUGAAUGUUACACUGAAGGCUGUGGGCCUUGCUUCGUAGUCUCCAUAAUCCUGGCAGAAAGGCUCACAAAAUGGUUUUCAAUUACAAUCCAUAUGACAGAAUGACAACAGCAGUAGUCAUUUUACUUUUCAAUGUCAUUCAGCGUUAAAGGAUUUCCAUUUCUGAAUAGUCAAAUCCCCAGUACUAGUUUAAGAAAGGUUCAGUUUUCUGUGCAAUCUGCAGUUCUGGACACUUUAUGGAUAUUUUUACUAUACAUAUAAUAUGUAUUUCUGUUUGUUUGCUGUAAAAAUGUUGUAUUUAAAUUGUACCCAACCUUCACAUUAAACUUUAAGAAACGGAGUAUACAGAUCUCCUCUUACAGUCAGGCUGAGUGCAUGACUAGGGUUGUUUUUUAGCUGUCUUGAAUCAGAUUCGCUAUUCAUCCAAUGAAUUUUCCGUUACAUAUAUUCAAAAACUGAACAUGGUGUAAUGAAUGCAUUUGUAAGGAUUAUUUUAAAUAUUUUUAGAAACAUUAACUUUCUUAGUGCAGCCUAAAAUGUGUUGGGCUGCCCAGGGAAGGGGUGAGUGGGGAAAAAACAAACAAAACAAGACUGUCACUUGCUGAAGGUCUGAUCAGAUAUUCUGUAAAAUGCAUGUAAAUAGCCCAUUAUUUGUGGCCCUUGGUGUAACAUUUUUAAUGGCAGGAAGAGGGGUACUAUUAAUUGACCAUAAAAAACAGAAAAAGCCACA